UAACACUGAAAUUUGGAAGAAAAUGAACUUCCUCUGGGUCGUAGUUGUCACCUGAAGGAUCCAUGCGCCUUUCAAGAAAGGUUGAAUCUUAUUUUAUAGCGUAACAUUCUAAGCCAACAUGGAGUCGGGGUCCAACAACUUCCUACCGCCGCCGGAAUGUCCGGUGUUUGAGCCCAGCUGGGCAGAAUUCCUGGACCCGCUUGGUUACAUUGCGAAAAUUAGGCCUAUCGCCGAGAAAUCUGGCAUUUGCAAGAUCCGCCCGCCCGCGGACUGGCAACCUCCUUUUGCAGUGGAAGUUGACAACUUCAGAUUUACUCCUCGAAUCCAGAGGCUAAAUGAACUAGAGGCUCAGACCAGAGUGAAAUUGAACUAUUUAGAUCAGAUUGCAAAAUUCUGGGAAAUCCAAGGCUCUUCAUUAAAGAUUCCCAAUGUAGAGCGGAGGAUUUUGGACCUUUACAGCCUUAGUAAGAUUGUGAUGGAAGAAGGUGGCUAUGAAGCCAUCUGCAAGCAUCGGCGGUGGGCCCGAAUUGCCCAGCGCCUAAGCUACCCACCAGGCAAAAACAUUGGCUCCCUGCUACGAUCUCACUAUGAACGCAUUAUUUACCCUUAUGAAAUGUUUCAGUCUGGAGCUAACCUUGUGUGUAACACACACCCAUUUGACAAUGAGGAAAAAGACAAGGAAUACAAACCCCACAGCAUCCCGCUUAGACAGUCUGUUCAGCCUUCAAAGUUCAGCAACUACAGUCGGCGAGCAAAAAGACUGCAUCCUGACCCAGAGCCUACAGAGGAGGAUAUUAAGAAGAAUCCAGAGCUAAAGAAGCUACAGAUAUAUGGAGCAGGCCCCAAGAUGAUGGGUUUGGGCCUCAUGGCUAAGGAUAAGACCAUGAAGAAGACAGUCACAUGCCCCGCCACUGUUAUGGUGAAGGAGGAUCCCAGUGGGGAUGAGAAAGUGGCAUCAACCUUGCCUAAGGAGGACUUGAGUCACAGCCUAGAGCCCUGUACCAAGAUGACCAUGCAGCUGCGGAAGAAUCAAAGCAGCAGUGUCCAGUUUAUUGAUUCAUAUGUUUGCCGAAUAUGCUCCCGGAGGGAUGAAGAUGAUAAGCUUCUUCUCUGUGAUGGAUGUGAUGAUAGUUACCAUAUCUUCUGCCUCUUGCCAUCUCUUCCUGAAAUCCCCAGAGGGGUAUGGAAGUGCCCAAAGUGUAUCUUAGCGGAGUGUAAGCGGCCCCCUGAAGCUUUUGGUUUUGAGCAGGCUACCCAGGAGUACACUUUGCAGAGUUUUGGUGAAAUGGCUGAUUCCUUCAAGGCUGACUACUUCAACAUGCCUGUACAUAUGGUGCCUACAGAACUUGUGGAGAAGGAAUUCUGGAGGCUUGUGAGCAGCAUUGAGGAAGAUGUGACAGUUGAGUAUGGAGCAGAUAUUCAUUCCAAAGAAUUUGGCAGUGGCUUUCCUGUUAGCAAUAGUGAACGGAACCUAUCUCCUGAAGAGGAGGAGUAUGCAACCAGUGGUUGGAACCUGAAUGUGAUGCCAGUGCUGGAUCAGUCUGUUCUCUGCCACAUCAAUGCAGACAUCUCAGGGAUGAAGGUGCCCUGGCUGUAUGUGGGCAUGGUUUUCUCAGCAUUUUGUUGGCAUAUUGAGGAUCACUGGAGUUACUCCAUUAACUACCUGCACUGGGGUGAGCCAAAGACCUGGUAUGGAGUACCCUCACUGGCAGCAGAACAUUUGGAGGAGGUGAUGAAGAGGCUGACACCUGAGCUGUUUGAUAGCCAACCUGAUCUCCUACACCAACUUGUCACCCUCAUGAAUCCCAACACUCUCAUGUCCCAUGGUGUGCCAGUUGUUCGCACAAACCAGUGUGCAGGGGAAUUUGUGAUCACUUUCCCUCGAGCUUACCACAGUGGGUUUAACCAAGGCUACAACUUUGCCGAGGCUGUCAACUUUUGCACUGCUGACUGGCUACCUGCUGGACGCCAGUGCAUUGAACACUACCGCCGGCUCCGGCGCUAUUGUGUCUUCUCCCAUGAGGAGCUCAUCUGCAAGAUGGCUUCCUUCCCAGAGAAGUUGGAUCUGAAUCUAGCAGUGGCUGUGCACAAGGAGAUGUUUAUUAUGGUACAGGAGGAACGACGACUACGAAAAGCCCUGUUGGAGAAGGGCAUCACGGAGGCUGAGCGAGAGGCUUUCGAGUUGCUCCCAGAUGAUGAACGCCAGUGUAUCAAGUGCAAGACCACAUGCUUCCUAUCAGCCUUGGCCUGCUAUGAUUGUCCAGAUGGGCUUGUUUGCCUUUCCCACAUCAAUGACCUCUGCGAGUGCUCAAGUAGCCGACAGUACCUGCGGUAUCGUUAUACCUUGGAUGAGCUCCCUGCCAUGCUACAUAAGCUAAAGAUUCGGGCUGAGUCUUUUGACACCUGGGCCAACAAAGUGCGAGUGGCCCUGGAGGUGGAGGAUGGGCAGAAGCGCAGCUUUGAAGAACUAAGGGCACUGGAGUCUGAGGCUCGUGAGAGAAGGUAUCCUAAUAGUGAACUGCUUCAGCGAUUGAAGAACUGUCUGAGUGUGGCAGAGGCUUGUGUUUCCCAAGUCCUGGGGCUGGUCAGUUGCCAAGUAGCCAGGAUGAAAACUCCUCAACUCACCCUAACUCAGCUUCGGGUCCUUCUCAAGCAGAUGGGCAGCCUGCCCUGUGCCAUGCAUCAGAUUAGGGAUGUCAAGGAUAUCCUGGAACAGGUGGAGGCCUACCAAGCUGAGGUCCGUCAGGCUCUGGCCUCACUACCUACUAGUCCAGGCCUACUGCAGUCCCUUUUAGAGAGGGGGCAGCAGCUGGGUGUGGAAGUGCCUGAAGCUCAUCAACUCAAGGAGCAGGUGGAGCAGGCGCAAUGGCUAGAUGAAGUGAAGCAGGCACUAUCCCCUUCAGCCCAAAGGGGCUCUCUGGUUAUCAUGCAGGAGCUAUUGGUUAUGGGUGCCAAGAUAGCCUCCAGCCCUUCUGUGGAGAAGGCCCGGGCUGAGCUACAAGAACUGCUGUCCAUUGCAGAGCGCUGGGAAGAAAAGGCCCAUUUCUGCCUGGAAGCCAGGCAUAAGCAUCCACUGGCCACAUUGGAAGCUAUUAUUCAUGAGUCAGAAAACAUCCCUGUUCACCUGCCUAACAUCCAGGCACUCAAAGAAGCUCUGACUAAGGCACAGGCUUGGAUUGCUGAUGUGGAUGAGAUUCAAAAUGGUGACCACUACCCCUGCUUGGAUGACUUGGAGGGCCUGGUAGCUGUGGGUCGGGACCUACCCGUGGGGCUGGAAGAGCUGAGAGAGCUAGAACUACAGGUACUGACAGCACACUCCUGGAGGGAGAAGGCCUCUAAGACCUUCCUCAAGAAGAAUUCUUGCUACACACUGCUGGAGGUGCUCUGCCCAUGUGCAGAUGCUGGCUCAGACAGCACCAAGCGUAGCCGGUGGAUGGAGAAGGAGCUAGGAUUGUACAGAUCUGACACAGAACUGCUGGGGCUAUCUGCACAGGACCUCAGGGACCCAGGCUCUGUGAUUAUGGCCUUCAAGGAGGGGGAACAGAAGGAGAAGGAAGGAAUCUUGCAGCUGCGUCGCACCAACUUAGCCAAGCCCAGUCCACUGGCAUCAUUGACCACAGCUGCCUCUGCAACCUCCAUCUGUGUGUGUGGGCAGGUGCCAGCUGGGGUGGGGGCUCUGCAAUGUGACCUGUGUCAGGACUGGUUCCAUGGGCAGUGUGUAUCAGUGCCCCGUCUCCUCAGCUCCCCGAGGCCCACUCCCACCUCAUCCCCACUGCUGGCCUGGUGGGAAUGGGACACCAAAUUCCUGUGUCCGCUAUGUAUGCGCUCACGGCGCCCACGGCUGGAGACCAUCUUGGCACUGCUGGUAGCCCUGCAGAGACUGCCUGUGCGGCUGCCUGAAGGUGAGGCCCUACAGUGCCUCACAGAGAGGGCCAUGGGCUGGCAGGGCCGUGCCAGACAGGCUCUGGCCUCUGAGGACGUGACUGCUCUGUUGGAACGGCUGGCUGAGCUUCGCCAACAGCUACAGGCUGAAUCCAGGUCCACAGAGCACCCUACAUACCCUUCAGCACCUGCCUCUGAUCCUCUUAGAGAAGGCAGUGACAAGGAUAUACGUAAGGUCCAGGGCUUGCUGCAAAAUGGAUACAAUAUGACCAGUCCUGAGAAGGUAGCCCUGCAGGAGGUCUCAGGUAAGAGAGAUCUGGGGCUCCUGUCUUCGCUGUUGCCACAGUUGACUGGCCCUGUGUUGGAACUACCUGAGGCUACACGGGCCCCCCUGGAGGAGCUCAUGGUGGAGGGGGACCUCCUGGAAGUGACCCUGGAUGAGAACCACAGCAUCUGGCAGCUGCUGCAGGCUGGGCAGCCUCCAGACCUCAAACGGAUCCGCACACUUCUGGAGCUGGAGAAGCCUGAGUAUCAAGGGAAUCGUACAAGGGGUCGGGCACUGGAGAGGCGGCGGCGGCGGCAAGUGGAUCAGGGUAGGAAGUGUGAUGAUCUAAUUCAAGAAGAGCAGGAGUCAAAAAGGACCCGGAGCUCAGGGGUUAAGCCUAAGGAGGAAGAACAGUGUAAGGACAAAGCAGACCUUGAAAAUAUGUUCCUGACACCCUCAACAGACCACAGUCCCUUCUUGAAAAGAAGCCAAAAUAGCUUACAACAGAAGGAUUCAGACACCUCAGCCUCUUUUACUUUGCUACACCUGUCCUACCCUUAUCAGCAAGAUUUGUGACAGCAGCAUAAGUUUUUUGUUGGUUUUUUUUUUUUAAUCCCACUUCCUCCUGGCCAGAAUCUAAGAAGGGGUUUAUUCCCUAUCUAGAAUUUUUCUCUUCAGAUUUUUAAUGUCCUUACUCUUAACAGUGGAAUUAUUGUUUAAAGCUCAGUUCCUAAGGGCUAUUCCAUUUAUGUCUUUUCUCAGAAGUCUCUUGCCAGCAAUAUUUCUGGGACUAGCAUAAGGGAAUGAUUUUCUAAGUUAGGUUCAUUGUAGGGCCAGCCCGUGGCUCACUCGGUAGAGUGUGGUGCUGAUAACACCAAGGCCACGGGUUUGGGUCCU